AUGACCUCAACCUCGAUUGUAGGCAGUACAGGCCUCGUGGGCUCCCAUAUCCUCAACACGCUACUCUCGCACCCCUCCAUCUCAACCAUCCAUUCCCUCUCUCGCCGCAGCCCCCAAGAACCCGCCGCGACCUCCUCCCCCAAACUCCACCCCCUCAUAUCCGAAGACACAAAAACCUGGUCUUCCCUCCUCUCCUCCAUCACCCCCUCCCCUAGUAUCUUCUUCUCCGCCCUCGGCACUACAAAAGCCCAAGCCGGCAGUAUCGAAGCGCAGCGCAAAAUCGACUUAGAACUAAACCUAGAACUUGCACGCACCUUCGCAAACAAUAAUUCCGAAUCCCAAGAUGCCAAUCCCAAAUCUAAAAUCUACAUUCUAAUUUCCACACGCGGCGCAAAUAGUACUUCUCGAAUCCCGUAUUCGAAAAUGAAAGGUGAAUUAGAAGAUGCGGUUACGAAUGAGCUCGCGGAUUCGUUUAAACAUGUGGUUAUUUUGAGACCGGGGUUGAUAGUGGGAGAGAGGGAUGAUUCGAGACCGGCGGAGUUUGCGUUGAGGAAGGUGGCGGGUUGGGUGGGUUGGUUGGGCGGUGAUGCGUGUAGGGAUUUUUGGGCACAGGAUGCGACGGUUAUUGCGAGGGCGGCGGUUAAUGCGGGGUUGAGGGCACAAGAGGGGAGGGAUAGUGAUGGGGGGGUUAUUCCUAGGGUGUGGGUUUUGGGACAGGCGGAUAUUGUUAGGUUGGGGAGGGGGGAGUGGAAGGGUGAGUGA